AUGGCUUCCUCCCGGAGUUUGUCGCCCGGAGGCGCGCUCCUCCGUUCCUCGCGCAUGUUCUCGCUGCCUCAGCCGAUUCCCCCUCCGCCCAGCAACAAGCUUUCGCAGAACAACGAGAAAACGCCCACCGAAGCGUUUCCGACUCAGCAGGUCCUAGCCACCUUUGAAUCUUCCCGCGCUCGUGGAGAUUGGGGUCUGAAGCGCCCGCUCCCCCUCAGGUUAACAACCACCAGCACGUAUGGCAUGGUCAAGGUCAAGGAGAUGGACUCGAUCGAAGAGAUUACCGACUUCGCUUCCGGCACCCAGCACGGCCUUACGCUCAAGAAGUUCCAAGCCCUCAACAUCCCCAUCAGCACACCAUCCGAAGUCAGCGAUCCUUCCCGACUUUUCCGCCCCGUCCAGCGGUCCGUCUUCGAGGCCGACACCGAUGUUACCGCUUUCAGCCCGGACGAGCAAAUCCAGGAAGCCGAAAAGAGAUGGAAGUUCAGUGGCCCUUGGCUGGCCGGCAUGACCCCCGGCGAGUUCAGGGAUUACCUCGCCAAGACCGUCAGACCAAAGCGCGCCGAGUUCCGUAAAUUCAUUCAGAAGAAGCUUGCGGCUCAGAAGACGGAGGCCGUGAACAGGGAGCUGCAGGAGACGGCUGCACUGAGGGGCGAUGCGGUUGCGGAGACACAGAAGCCGUUCAAGCCGGAGUCCAUUUCGGAUGAGGAGGUGACCGAAUACCUGCGCCGCCUGCGCAACGAUAACCAGCUGCUCUACGAUUUGGUCGGCCAGUUCUUGGAUCUUGCACCGCUCAAGCCUCCUCAGGCUGCUGAAGCGCGUCACCAGAACUCCUUGAUGAUCAACUUGCGCGCAACCGACAGCCCGUACGGUGGACGCGGUCCUCCCAUCACCCACCCCUCGGCCGGUAUCUCAUAUCUCCGUACUGCGGCCUACCUUGACAACCACCCGAUCUAUGGACCGCAAAAGAGCCACCCGCCCGUCAUGGCUAGAGUGCUCAAGCCGCGCAGGGGAGGUCUCGGACAGGAUGCCAAGGUUGGUGUUGCUGGCUUCGUCGCCGACGGACCACUUGGCUCAGGCCACAGCAACAUGAAGGGCAACGCCGUUGUUGAGAAGUUCGAUCCCUCCAUUGAAGGCGGUGCCAAGAUUUGGGUCAACGUUGAGAAGGCGACAGUCGACUCGGCUGGCCGGGUACAGCUGAUUGUCAAUGAUGCCAAGGCCACGGAUGUCCUUAUCGCCAAAGAGUUGACCGGCGAGACGACAGAGCGCAUCUUCGGUUCUGCUCCCACGCGCCAGGAAAAGCAAUUCAAGAGGAUUUCUUUGACUGCUGCUAGGCUUAGGGGCAAGUACGAGAACCCCGACUCGUCCUCCAACCCCCCUACCAUGUCGGGCUCGACUGGCUAUGGUCUCCAGUAA